UAGGGGGCGCCAUGGAUAGAAAUUAAAGUUCGUAAUCGUCUGCUUUAGAGUUUUUUUUUUUUUAUAACAGUGAAAAUUCAUCAUCUAAUUUAAACUGUUAAAAUGGACAAGAAAAUGCAUUCAAGUUUUGAUUCUAAAAAACGUCUCGUAUCACCAUACAAUUUAAAAAGGCCAAGUCAACCAGUUUUUAAUGAAAUUUUAUCUCAAGCUAAUUCUGAUCAGUCUACUUCAAGACUUCAAUUAUUGCCUAAACCAAAUAAUUUAUGUAAUUUUCAACUAAGGAAAAGGACUUUGCCAACAUCACUGCAACCAAAAGAACAAAUGAAUGAAAAAAAGUACAAGUUUCAUUCAAGAAAUACACUUGAUCAGCAAACAAAUAUUUCAGCCACAUGUUCAAAAUAUUAUUCACCAAAUUUUGAGAGAAAUAAUAAUAUAAAUAUUGUCAAUAAUUCUAUAAAUAAAGAUUCAAAAAAGAGUCAAAAUGUCAUCCUAAAUAAAUAUCCAGUUUGGAGAAAGAAAUCUGAAGCUUCCAGAGAAAAUUAUUUAAGAGUAAUUACAGUUACUCCUACAACUCUUCAUCAAUGGAAAUUAGUACAAAACCAUCAAGUGACACUUUAUGAACUUUUUGGAAUUUUGGAUUCUCCUAUUGAAACUGCCACAUUUACUACUGCUAAAACUUUUAUUCUAAGAAGUGGAAGAGACAUUAUUCAAAUAUUAUUUUACGAGAUAGACAGAUCAUUGCCAUGUAUAAGAAGAGGAGAAUGGCAAAGAUGUAUAGGUUCAUUUGAUACAAUAGGAAAUUUUCGAGCAGUAUCUAUUAGACAAGCACUAGACAAAGAAAUUAAUAAUCUUGAAGCUGUACUUUCCUUUAUGAAAAAUAUUAUGUCAAAUUUUGUUUUAUUAAAUGAACCUUAAAACAAACUGAAUAAUUAAUGUAUUUAUAUAUAUUAAA